AUGAAGCUCAUCCUCAUCCGUCAUGCUGAGUCCGAACACAACGUUGCCCAGGUCUACGCAGGGACAACGGACUCUGCCUUGACAAACCAUGGCAUGCUUCAAAUUCAGCGACUAGCUCUCCAUUUCAAGGCACAAGGCGUUGCGUUUAACACGGUCUUCUCUUCGGAUUUGCUGCGGGCUCGUACCACUGCUGAAGGCAUCUGUGGCCUUUCUAGCGGUGGGGAGCAGGAUGGAGAAUCUUAUGCGUUACAACCCAUCAUCCUACCCCUGCUGAGGGAAAAGGACUUUGGCGCCCUAGAGGGAAAAUCAUGGCUUGCCACGCGAGAGGGUGGUGCGGACUUCGUUUCUGGAAUAGCUGGGGAGCCAGAGUCCCUCGCUUCUGUUGCAUCUCGGGUAGAUUCAUUUCUUUCCUGUCAUCUACUGCCAGUGUUGCGUGAUGCUGGACAUACUGCUCAAGCUGUUGCUAUUGUCUCACAUGGCAUUUUGCUCUCUGCGCUGUGGGAGGCUCUGUCUCAAUUAUUUCUAUCGAAACAUGUUGUUCUCGCUCCAGGUGUCAAGGCCGCAAAACGCAUAUCUCAAUGGUCAAACACUGGCUACCUAGAGCUUGCCAUCGGCAAGUUAGAUGAGGCGCUCUCAACUCCAGCUCCAACAAAAGAAGGUGACCGAGCUCAAGAGAACAUGGAAAACCGCUCCGCUCGAAACCCGCCAUUACAUGACUAUGCAAUCACCGUCCUGACGAUUAAUGGGAGACACCACCUCAGCAAUCUUAGGCGAACUCCAGGCGUGGGAAGCUCAAAGCAUGAUGCAAAACAGUUACAAAUUGAUAAUUUCUUCCAAAAGCCGAAGAAUUAG